AUGCCAACACAUGGAGAUGCUUCCGUCAGUUCCAUUGAGGAGAGUGAUCAGGGAGAACUGAUUCUUAAGGUUGAAGAGAUUCAAACCCCUAUCACCAUGAUAGGGGCACAACUGCUAAAAAGUGGUCUAGUCCCAGAGGAGCUAGUCAAUGAUGAGAAUGAUAAAGGGUUGAGGAAUUUCAUACAACAAAUGCUGGAUCGAGGCGAAUUACAGAUAAAUCGCCGUGUUAAGAACAAGGGAGAGGAGGAGAUAGCCGUCGUGGUGGACAUCCUCUAUGAUGAGGUUAACGUGGACAUCCCUUUUGAUGAGGUUAACGUGGACAUCCCUUUUGAUGAGGUUAACGUGGACAUCCCUUUUGAUGAGGUUAAUGUGGUCAUCCCUUAUGAUGAGGUUAAUGUGGAAAUCCCCAUAAACCCAUUGGUGAUAGAGUUUCCAGCACCGUUCGUGUAUAAGGACGAGAAGGCGGUACCGUGGAUAUAUCAGCCCAGAGCUUUUAAGCAAGGGCAGGAAGACCGACCCGUAGUAAUCAAUGAACCAAAGGUUACCUCAAUUGUGGGGCCAGCCGGAAUGACGCGCAGUGGCCGAGUGUUCGCGCCAAGGGCUGUUGAUGCUUCUACAAAAGCCAAAGGGAAAGAAGUUGCUACUCCUGUCCAAAUCCCUGUCCCUAGUCGAGAAAUGCAAGAAAUGCAUCUGUCACCUAAAGCUGCGGUCACUCGUGAGGAGGCUGAGGAAUUUCUAAGGAUAAUCAAGAAAAGUGAUUAUAAAGUGGUGGACCAACUGAAUCAAACACCUUCAAAAAUCUCCAUGUUAUCUCUGUUGCUCAACUCAGAAGCGCACAGGAAUUCAUUAUUAAAAGUAUUAAGCGCAGCACACAUCACGAAAGACAUAACAACAGAACAGUUUGACGAUGUGAUAGCUUGCGUAACCACUGGAAAUUUUUUGGGGUUUAAUGAUGAUGAGCUGCCAGUUGAGGGAAAGAACCAUAACAAGGCCCUACAUAUCUCCUUGAAAUGCAUAGACACUAUAAUAUCAAGGGUAUUAGUAGACACGGGUUCCUCACUGAAUGUCAUGCCAAAAACCACUUUGAUAAAGCUGCCGAUGGAGGGGAUGAAUAUGAAGCCCAGUACCCUAAUUGUGAAAGCAUUCGAUGGCUCAAGACGAGCAGUGAUAGGAGAGGUUGACCUACCAAUCAAAAUAGGCCCAACCUUUUUCAAUAUCACAUUCCAGGUUAUAGACAUACAUCCCGGUUAUAGUUGCCUACUUGGAAGACCAUGGAUCCACUCUGCAGGUGCCGUCACCUCCACUUUACACCAAAAGCUAAAAUUCAUUACCAAUAACAAGAUGAUUGUGAUUGGAGGGGAGGAGGACAUUUUGGUUAGCCACUUAACAUCUUUCCGAUAUAUCGAAGUGGAUGGCGAGAUAACCGAGACACCAUUCCAGUCCUUGGAAGUGGUAAAUAUGAUGGCUGUCCAACAGACAUUGGAGACUCCGAAGUCAGGACCGUCCAUGGCCUCGUGGCAAGGAGCUAAGGCUGUGAUGGAAAGCGAAAGUGCUCAUGACUGGGGCAAAGUGGUGGAAGUGAACCAGAAGCGAGACAAGUUUGGGUUAGGGUAUGACCCAUCGUCAAUUGAAGCCGGUAACCAACAUGAUAAGGAGCAUAUCCCUCAUGUAGAGGAAACGACAAAUGAAUAUGAUAUCUGUGAUCCUCGUUGCGAGACGGUUCAAACCAUAUGCAUUUUGUUAAUUUCUGGAUUUUUUCUUGUUGAAUCGCCGCCUGUACCAUCGGAGAAGACGGCUGAAACCGCCGUCCUCCGCCGUCUGUGA